UAUUUGACUGAGGACAACCUUUGAGGUCUGUUUGCAGUGCAUGCUGGGUGAGUGUCUCUGACCAGUGGGCUUGUGCAACUGGUUGCUAGAACUGGUUGGAUGAGUUUGGGGGAGUGACUGAAUUCGCUGCAGCAGAGAGGAGCACACUGCAGAGCUGAUGGCAGCAUCUAACCCUCUGACUACUCACGUGCUGAACACUGGAGAUGGCAUCCCCGCAACCAAGAUGGCGAUCAGCCUGCAUCGCCUCAACUCCGAGCUGAUGAUUUGGAACAUGCUGAGUGUCGGGACAACAAAUGAAGAUGGCCGCUGCCCAGGACUAAUCAGCCCUGAAGCUUUCACCUCCGGCAUGUACAAGCUGCGCUUUGAGACCGGUUCAUACUGGGAGAGUCUGGGUCAGACCUCCUUCUAUCCAUAUGUAGAGGUUGUGUUCACCAUCACUGAGCCGCAGCAGAGGUUCCACAUUCCACUGUUGAUGAGUCGGUUCUCCUACAGCACCUACAGAGGAAGCUGAGAGGGAACUUUCCACUCUUUAAAUUGUCUCUAUAAAGUCGACAAGAGUGUACAACAGCAGACAGAACAAGGUCAGGGCCAUGUAACAUAUAUUUUACAUUAAAACAAAAAAACAAGAAAAUAAAUUAGAGUUAUACAGUUGGAAGGCUACACUUUACCAACAAGGCACAUGUUUACAUGGAAACAUCAGCAGACAAAGCCUACUAUGUUACAAUUGACAGCUUUUCUACUCCCAGUGUGCACGAGAUACAGUUUUUAAUUUCAUUCACCAGAGUAGAAGUUAUUAUUUUUGUUUUGGUCAGGAAACCAAACAAAACAUUUUCCCUCUUCAGUGACAGAUUGUUCCAAAAACUACAAGAGCACUGGCAGCUCCAAAGCAGAGCUCAGAGGACAGAGCUGCAGCUUCAACACCCUACACCCAGCCAUUUCUUAUUGAAAUUAAAAGUUUGAUUGAGUAAAAAAAUGUGAUGCAACUGACAUUGAGGUUCAAAUGAUUACUCACAGAAAUAAUCAGCAAAUUAAUAUUAACUGUUUAUUGCAAGCUAGACUGAAAUUGUAAUCAAGUGUAGAGUUGUCCAUUUAUAUUUCAUAUUGUUACAUACAUUUUCAAUAUUUUAUCUCCGUAAGUCUGUUAAAUAUGAUUUAGUCUUUACUCCACUACUGUGUAAUUUUUUUCCCCUGCCCACCAAGAAAUCAAGUUGGACCCUAGGGCUAAAAUUAUCAGUUAAAUUUAAAGUUAAUAGAUCAAUAAUACGAUUGGUCUGUGAAUUAUGGCAGUUCCCUUGUUUUCUUUGAUAUACAAGAUCUUUGUGUUUUGGACUGUCGGUCAGACAAAGAUCCAAUUAGAAAAUGCUAACAUGGGCUUCAGUAAAUUUACUAUUGACAUUUUUACUGUUUUCUGACUUCUCACACACUGACCACUUAAUCAGUCAAUAGAGGUUUACAUUUCUCCUGUGAUGGAAUAAUAUGGCCUUGCACAAAAGUGAUAAAUGAUAAAUGUUUUACCCAAA